AUGGCCGGGAAAGUGAGUUCCAAGAGAUUAGGAGUGUUUGCAUUGAUGUUUGUGUUUGCUAUAGGGAUAGCUGAGUGUAGAAAGUUUGAGAAGGAGAAUUUGGGUGGUGGUUUUGGUGGUGGUGCUGGAGGAGGGCUUGGUGGUGGUUUAGGAGGUGGAGCUGGUGGGGGUGCAGGAGGAGGGCUCGGUGGCGGCGGUGGGGGUGGAUUAGGUGGUGGUGCUGGAGGAGGGCUUGGCGGGGGUGCCGGUUUAGGAGGUGGAGCGGGUGGUGGUGCUGGAGGAGGGCUUGGUGGUGGUUUAGGAGGAGGAGCCGGUGGGGGUGCUGGAGGAGGGCUUGGCGGGGGUGCCGGUUUAGGAGGUGGAGCUGGUGGUGGUGCUGGAGCAGGUGGCGGUCUUGGAGGAGGGCUUGGUGGUGGGGGUGGUGCAGGUGGUGGAGUUGGAGGAGGAAUUGGAGGUGGUGCGGGUGGAGGUGUAGGUGGAGGUGGUGGAUUCGGUGGUGGUGCUGGUGGAGGAAUUGGAGGAGGAUUUUAG